UACUUAUCAUUGAGUAUACCAGCUGCUCAAUCAAACCAAAUGACCAGUAAAGAACUCUCAGGCAACCUGUCGCCGCUGUCCUUGUGACCCACUCUCGGAUACCACUCUUGUUCCUUUUGGCAAUCUUUCCGCCGUCAGAGGUGCUUUAAAGAUGAAGCGCAGAAGAGAAUCAACCAGUUUGGGUUCCCACCACCAUCAUGUCAAUUAGCCAAUAUUCAGACUCUGCGUCGCUCCCAGUGUCCAAGGAGCACGUGGAGCACGUGGAUCAUUGUGAAGACAUUGAUCCUGACGCAGAAUUCGGUGGCCUAGAGGCACGUAAGGAACUGGAGCGCAAACUCUUGUGGAAACUUGACCUUCGCAUGUCAAUCCUGGUACUUAUCUAUAUCCUCAAUUAUGUCGAUAGAAAUAAUGCUGGUGCCGCGCGCUCCCGAGGGCUCGUCGCCGACCUUCAUCUCACUGAUCAACAGUUUGCGACGUUGUUGUCUAUUCUCUAUGUCGGAUACAUCAUCAUGCAAAUCCCCUCUAACAUGUUUCUUAACUUCACCGGCAAGCCGUCGCUUUAUUUGCCUGCUUGUAUGGCCGUUUGGGGUAUGAUAUCGGCAUUGACUGGAAUUACGACCAAUUUUACCGGAGCCGUCUUAACGCGUUUCUUUCUUGGAUUCGUAGAAGCAGCGUUUUUCCCUGGUGCACUAUUUCUAAUUUCGAAGUGGUACAAGAGAACAGAGAUAGGUUUCAGAACAGCAAUUCUCUACUGCGGAAACAUCAUUAGCAAUGCCUUUGGAGCGCUUAUUGCAUCGGGUAUUCUCGGUGGCAUGAACAAUGUCCUCGGACACGCCGCAUGGAGGUGGCUUUUCUACCUCGAAGGAGGUCUGACUGUCUUUGUUGCAAUCUGUGCAAUCUUUAUUUUGCCAGACUUUCCGUCAACGACGAAGUGGCUUUCUGACGAUGAGCGUCGACUUGCAUUGAGGCGUAUGGAGGAGGAUGCUGGUGUCGGCGAUCAGAAAGAAACUGAGCAGGGCGGCCGCGCUCAUGGCCUUUACCUCGCUGUAACCGACUGGAAGGUGUGGUGGUUCGCGAUGGCAGUGAAUGCACAGGUCAUAUCAUUGUCCUUCAAUGCGUACUUCCCCACUCUCAGUGCGACGCUUGGGUACAACCCAACAGUAACACUGCUCCUUGUUGCCCCUCCGUUCAUCUUUGCAGUCAUUGUCACAUUCUGUUUGUGCAGGCACUCUGAUUACAAGCAAGAACGCUUCUACCACAUUAUUAGUUCAUGGAUUGCCGGUAUUAUCGGGUUCAUUAUUGCAAUAAGCACCAUGAACACUGCAGCGCGAUAUGUGUCCCUGUUCCUCAUGGCGCAGUCAUAUGCAGGACUCGUUGUGAUGCUCGCAUGGAUGAAUAACUCAUUCCCUCGACCGCCGUCAAAGCGUGCGGUAUGCGUGGCGAUCAUCAACGGAUUUUCGCAACUCGGAAACGUUGCAGGGUCGUACAUUUGGCCUUUGACUUGGGGCCCUACCUACCGAAACUCCUAUGGCAUCUGCAUUGCCGGUAGCGGUACCGCGAUUAUAAUGGCCUGGGUUUUCAAGCAGCAUCUGAAGUCAUUGAACGAGGAGCUGGAACGUGAAGAGCAGGAGAAGGGGAUCAAGGAAAAGGGAUUCAGGUACCUUCUGUGAUUGAUCGCGCGGUGAUCUACAACUUGUAGCCGACUCGGACGCGAUAUGCAAUUGCCAUGACUUGUACUGUGGAUAUUAUGAGCCUUGAGGAACAAUCGAAUUGGAAACGUUGCUGCCUGCUGUCGGAUGGCCCAUGAUACGCUAAUAGCGGAAGGAGGUAGUCGUGCAGCUAAAAAAACCGGCUGUGAUUGGUGUGAAUAAUUUGACAGACGAAUGUUGUUGACAGUGGGAGAUCAAAAGGUUCGAUAAGGGAAGCUAAGGUUGCCAACGUUGGGUAAUUGGAUGGAACCGAAUCAACCGAUAAACUGAUUUUGUGAGGUCACGCGUUU